GAGGCAUAGUUCAUGAUAAAUCAGUCAAGAUCCUUACUUCAAUAGCAUGCCAGGCUUCUUUUGCUGUUUGUAUAAGUUGUUGACGCGUCUCUUCAGUAUCAGAAGCAUAUGCUAACUCGGGAUUUAGCUUAUAGAUUUCCUGUUGGAACGUAAUCUCAGUAGACUACUAGUCGUCGAGGUCACGUGACCCGAACUCCGUAACCUCAACCGCUCCUCCAAGCGCGCCUAGAUAGCGAAGAAUCAAGCGUUUCUUACGACUUCAGUAUUGACCUAAAACGUCGUUUCAACAUCUUAUACCAUCGCAUUGAAGCGUCUUUCGUCGGCUGACCCCCCCGCAAGUGCAGAGGUGACCCACCAUGUCAACACUGUGUGGCAAACGGUAUCCCAUGUCUGGUCGACGCGAUGGCCGACAUGCGCCGCAAAUAUACCACGAAGCGGAAGCUAGAGUAUCUUGAAGAAGCCGGAGAGACUCUGUUACAGUUUAUUGAUAUUCUGCGGGAGAGUGAGAGUAAACGCCUGAAGCAGUUCUUGUAUCUUAUCCAGAUAUGUUCUACCACACCACUGUUAUCUGAUUUUGGAUUUCUAUGGUCUAAGCGUGAGGUCGCCCUCGACGUAUCCGCCGCCGCCCAUGCACGAGAGCUCUGCCUGUUGCCGGCGCGCUCGGUGGCGGCGCUGCUGCGAGUUCAUCGCGACGAGUGGGGCAUCGACCGAAUGGUGCUGCUGAUGAUCCAGUGGUGUAGCAUUGGCAUGUUUACUCUUCAUGGAGUCGCCGGACUCUGCCAAGAACUGAAAUGCCUUCAUUGAGCUUUGCAUUAUUGCCCAGGUGUUUUCGCGGCGCUUCCCCCAGCCAAGGGAUUUCUAUGAAUGAUUCAGCUAUCAACGAACCAGACGCAGGUGGCACUUCCUGAGGUGACAGAUGUACUAUUUUCUGAUCUUGAGGCACUGGGCUGGAAGGAGUAUGACACACAGGAGUUCAGCAGCUUUUAUCCUUAUUUUAGCUUGGCCAUGCAGCAGGGACCGGCCCGCCAGGGAGAGGUGGAUAUAGAUUAAUUUCGGGCUAAAUAGGAUACUUUCUGUUUUUCCCAGGUGGAGCAAGGUCCGGACGUG